UCAAAAUGUAGUGUGUGUUUUAAUGUAGUUUAGGGACCAUCUAGUUGAUUGUGUGGAAGUGAAUAACUUCAGUGUACAGUUGGAGAUGAUGAAAACCGAUGGCGUGGAGCAUCCCCUGACAGAAACCACGUGAGGAUUAAAGUUCUGGGGGAAAAUGGAGCAAUCGGCUGUCAGUGAUGAAACAGAUCAGAUCUCUCAAGUUCCCUUUACUCAUGCUGUGGUUCAUCACUUCCAACCCAACUACAGCGCUCAGACAGGCGGCAGCGUAGUCGCACCUUCCAUCAUUGGUUCCAAAGUUGGCAACAUAAACAUAAAUAUCUUCUCAGGAAGCCAAGAGUGUAAAGAUGCCCCGAACAAUGACCACACAGACAGCUGUGGUGCUCUGCAGCCUGAAAGUGACAAGAUUGCAGAAUGUCAGCAAAAACUGAAAGCCAUUCUGAAGAGGAAGUUCAGUCACAUUCUUGAGGGGAUCGCAACAGAAGCAAACCAAAUCUCUCUCAACAACAUCUACACGGAGCUCUACAUCACUGAGGGAGGAAGCGGUGAAGUCAACAAGGAGCAUGAGGUGAGACAGAUUGAGACAACAGCCAGGAUCCAUGCGGGCCAGGAAGAAUCGAUCCACUGCAGUCGCCUGUUCGUCUCUGCUGAACACGACCGUCACGUAAGGACUGUGGUCACAAGGGGAAUCGCUGGAAUUGAAACUGUUUUGACCAAUAAAUUCACUCUAGACUGGGCAGAGGAGAGAGCAAACACAAACCUAGAGUUUGUCUUUCCACUUUCUUUCCGUGAGCUGAAUUUCAUGAAAAGAAAAAGCAGUUUAUUGGAGCUUCUCGUUGCGUUUUUCCCUGAAAUAAAAGACACAGAAAUCUUUACGUGUGCGGAAAACAACAUGCUCUUCAUCCUUGAUGGUCUGGAUGAGAGUCGCCUCUCUUUGGACUUUGACAAAUGUGAAAUAUUGUCAGAUGUGACUCAACCCACCUCAAUUGCUGUGCUUCUGACCAACCUCAUCAGGGGAAAACUGCUCCCUUUGGCUCUUGUUUGGAUCACAUCACGCCCUGUAGCUUCCGGUCAGAUCCCUCCAGACUGCAUUGACCUGGUCACUGAGGUGCGAGGGUUCAAAAACCCACAAAAAGAUGAAUACUUCAGGAGGAAAAUUAAGGAUGAGAACUUGGCAAAUCGGGUGAUAACACAUGUGAAAACUUACAGGAGCCUUCACAUCAUGUGCCACAUACCGAUCUUCUGCUGGAUGGCAGCAACUGUUCUCAAGGAGAAGUUGGCUACGAAAGAGAGCAAAGACAUGCCGAGGACUCUCACUCAAAUGUACAUACACUUCUUGUCCUUGUAUGAGGAGGCCAUGAGGAAGAGGCUGGCGAGAAGAAGAGAAUCAAAUGCUGACUGUGUGAGGGCUAAUCUCCUGGCUUUAGGUAAGCUGGCUUUCAAAGAACUCGAAAAGGGCCACCUGAUCUUCUAUGAAAGUGACCUCAAGAUGAAUGGCAUCGACAUUGAGCAGGCGUCCAUGUUCUCAGGGGUCUACACGCAGAUCUUCCACGAGGAGAUGACGCUGUGCAAGGAGAAGAUGUUUAGCUUUGUGCAUCUGAGUGUUCAGGAAUUCUUCGCAGCGUUGUACGUCUUCCUCACGUUCCACAACGACAACAUCAACAUCCUGGUGAAGAAGUCCUCCGUCUCGCGACGUUUCUUAUUCAGAGAAGCUUCUGAGCUCAUCCUGUACAAAGAAGCAGGAAAGGCUUUGUCGUGCGAGCAGGGACAUUUUGACAUCUUUCUGCGCUUCCUUUUGGGGCUGUCCCAGGAGUCCAAUCAGACGCUGAAACAUCUAAUGACCAAUGAUAGAACACACCAAAGAACAAGAACUGAAAUCAUUAAACACAUAAAGGAAAGAAUCAGGUCGAGUCCGUCCCUGGACAGGUGCCUCAAUCUCUUUCACUGUCUGAACGAGCUGAACGACCACUCCCUUGUGGAGGAGAUUCAGAGCUACCUCACAUCAGGCAGCCUCAACAGAGCCAACCUUUCACCUGCCCAGUGGGCCACUGUUUUUGUACUACUGACAUCAGAAAAAGAGCUUACCGUGUUUGAACUGAGCAACUACAUCAGGUCAGAGGAGGGUCUCCUCAGGCUGCUACCUGUCGAAACAGCCCAAGUGGCAAAUCUAAAAGCAUGUAACCUCACUUUGACUUGCUGUGACCUGGCAAAUACCAUCAGCUCAUCCCAACUAAGAGAACUCGACUUGAGUAACAACAAUCUGACAGAUGCAGGACUAGUGAAGCUCUACACCGGACUGAGGAACAGCAAACUGGAGAUGCUCAGACUGAAGAGCUGUAACCUAACCGAGCGCAGCUCCAAUAACCUCGCAUCGUUUAUCAGCUCUGCCUCUUGCCAGCUAAAAACACUGGACCUCAGCGACAAUGAGUUUCAUGAUGAGGGAGUCAAAAGAUUUUCAGAUGGCUUAAGGAGCUCUGACUGUAAACUGGAGACACUCAGUUUGUCCCUGUGCAGAGUGGCAGAAGAGGGCUGCAUUUUCUUGGCAUCUGCUUUGAACUCGUGCCACCUCAAAGAGCUCGACCUGAGCUACAACCACCCGGGGAACUCAGGAUUGAAUCUUCUAACCGCUUUGAAGGAGGAUCCACAAUGCAGUCUGGAGAAACUCAGUGUGGAGCAGUGUGGAGAGUCCAGGAUUCAGCCAGGCCCAAAGAAAUAUACCAUCAAACUCACCCUGGACCCAAACACAGCACAUAAAGAUCUUUCUCUGUCUGAGGAAGACAGGAAAGCAACACGCUGGACCAAGCAGCCAUAUCCAGACCAUCCAGAAAGAUUUGACUUCUGGACUCAGGUGUUGUGUAGACAGGGACUGACAGGACGCUUCUACUGGGAGACCGAGUGGAAAGGGAGAGUCCUCAUAGGAGUAGCCUACAGACGAAUGUGCAGGAAGGGAGAGAGUCACAACUGCUGGCUAGGUCGAAAUGACUCCUCCUGGGGCCUGAACUGCAACAAAGAUGUAUACAGAGCCUUGCACCAAGGCGUGAGCACUGCUCUAACCAUCAAACCCAGCUCCAAUAGAGUAGGAGUCUUCCUGGACUGGUCAGCGGGUACACUCUCCUUUUACAUGCUCGCUUGUACUUCCCCCAAGCUCCUCCAUACCUUCCACACCACCUUCACUGAGCCCGUCUACCCCGGGUUUCACCUUGGCUGGGUGGACUCUGAGGUUUAUUUGUGUUAAGUAUUACCAAUCUGCUUUUCUAAUCUGGAAAGACCUAAAUCUAAAUGCUGGAUUUCUGAGCCUGACACCUGUAAUGUGAUUGGAUACACAGUAUAUAAGAGGCAGCUAAUUUUUUCAAUUUAUUCAAUGCACGAGUUACACAAGAUUUUUAGAUGCAUUCUUUUAGGUUAGUUUUAGACAUAUUGGUUCUGUAAGGGAUGGUAAUAAUGGACAGCUCAGAACUUUGGAUGCAAGCUGAAACUUUGUAUUGUAUAUAUUGUGAUGACAUUUUGUGCGUUUCUGAUCUCCAGGCAUUGAGUGAAAAUGAUACCUGUGAUGCCAGCUUUUUGGAUAACACCACAACAGAACUGGCAACUGAUUGAGACCUAUAUUUUAUAAGAGAGUGGAGCUGAUGAGUUAAUGCUGGAGGUGCUAGGUGCUUCUAUUAUUCACUGUGAUCUUAUUUUGGAUGUAAAACAAGUUAAAAAAUGUGUUUACCAGCAAAACUGAACCUCAAACUCUGUACAAAAAGUUCAGCAGUGUCUGUCAUGUUUGAGGAAGCGCUGUUAUUUCCACAUUGAUAAAACUGUGACAAUUUUAUUUACUCAAGCUUUUAUUGAGUCCGUUUUAGCCUCUUCCCUGGUGCCAUGGUUUGGAUAUUUACCUGUAAAGAACUCACUCAGUCUAACCGUCAAAUGGACUAACAGGCUUCCUUCUGGAUGAAGGCUUCUGGUCCCAAAGUGCAGAACAACACGGUUUAAAAACAGCUUUGCGGGGCACCUGGGUGGCUUAGUGGUGAAGCCAGCGACCACAUACACAUGCCUCGUUGCGGUGUGAGUGGCAUGGGUUUGAGUUCUGGCCUGUCGCCAGCUUGCCCAUGUGUCUUUCCCCCAUUUCCUGUCUCUCUGCUGUAGAUAAAAGCUGCUGUGGCCAAAAAUGGAGGGAAAAAAAACAGCUUUGUUCCUGCAGCCAUCACUCACAUCAACAAAUCAUAGCUUUGCUAGCCUACAUGAUGCUGUGAGUUCUGUAUUUAUUUCCUCAGUAUUUUUGUAUUGUGCUCAUCUGUUGUCUGUGUUUGUAUUGAAAAUGUGCAUGUGAGGACUGAUGACUCAUUACUGCAGACCAAAUCUACCCACAGGUACAAAUAAGGAACCAGAACCUGAACCGGACCUGCGCACCUUGCGUUCAAUUCAAAAUUUGACUCAGUUGGAGGUUUGAGUCAGUAAGUGGACAUUUUGACUUAGCUCUACCUGGCAUUUUUUUGUUUUUCCCUGUGGUGGAAACAAGCUUCCAUACAAAUGUGAAGCCACCUGUCCAACAGUUAAAGCUUGAGUCAUUCAACAGGACAAUGAUCCCAAGCACAGCAGCAGAUCUACAACAGAAUGAUUCUUUUCUUUUUCAGCCAAAGUGCUUGCAACGGCCCAAAGUCCAAACCUCAACCUGACUGAACAAUGUGAGGGACAAAGGUGGUUCUACAAGCUACUGAGCGCUGUGAAAACUUCAGAUU